CGCCAAGUAGCCAAGCCUUCAGCUAUUUUGGGGCCCCUGUGUCAGCUGUGUGUAGGCCAAGAUGGCGGCUCAGGAUGGCGGCCCUGUUAUGCCAUUAGAGCUCACGGACGAAGAGAGGGCUGUUUUACGGGAAUGCAGAGUGAACAGUUUGUAUUUCAGAGGGAUCCCACUAGGAACAGUCUCUGUCCUUCUUACCAGAGAGAUAAUUAAAUGGGGUUACCUUCCCAAAGCCAAGAGGUUUGCCGGACUUUAUUACUCUGGGAUGUUUGCUGUUGGUCUUUUCGCUGGGAUCGGGUCAUACCGUAAAGCAUGCAUGGAUAAGAUUAUGAGAUUGGAAAAUUCAAAUCUGGCAAAUCAAGUUAGAGAGUUCUACAAAAAGGCAGGAAUACAAGAGGGGUAUGGAGCUGAGCAGAAUUUGUCCACCUCUGAUGAGUUUGGGGAACAUAAGUCUGUAUUUCAAGAGAGCUUGCCACUGACUCAGUCACCAUCACAAGAGCUUCGUUCUGAUAAUACAGAGUCUGCAUGGCCCUUGGCUCAUCCUGACGAUCUCAAGGCCACAGGAAAGACCUACACCAGUUAUGAAGAUCUGCGCAAGCAAAAUCGUAACCAGUGGGCAACACCACAGCAACAUCCAAGAAGGGACAACAACUUGCAAGGAGCUCAGCACCCCGCUGCAGAUAACUUAUCAUUAUCAGACGAGGUUAAAGAAUACCAUUCCCCAGCUGAUUCUUACAGCAUGGAUGAUAGCCCAUCAACAUGGAUUUCAGAUGAUGCUCCCACCAGUAAGGAGGAAACCCCCUCCCCAUCAAGUGGGAAGUGGCCACGCCCAAGAAUGGCAGGUCCUCCUUUAAAACCCAAGAACCAAUAUGGUGAUGACAUGGAAUGAACCUUGAAACAUGUCCCAAGCUAAGAAUGACAUCACCAGGCCGAGUGACUCAAGUUGAAAUAUAAACAGAUUAAAAGAGGAGGAAGAAGCUUAUUUCAACCAAGACUUUUUAAAAGCAGCCAAAGGGCUUGCUGCCCCAAGAGAAUGUUGAGAAGCAUUGCUUGUUUAAUUUCUUCCAUAUCUACCCCAUAUUUAUACCACCACCCAAAAAAGUGUUAUUAAGAUAAUUUCCGACAGAAUAUUGAAUAGUGUCCAGCAAUGGGCGUCAAAAAAUCUUGUACCAGGACAUUUUUAAAUUUUGCCGCAAUUUUUUUUGGCAUGUAAGCAUGUCAGUAAACAUGUGUGGGUUUUCCAUUGAAAUAUCUUUAUUGGAAGUUGUUAAAAUUGAUGUUAAAUUAAUUACAAUAAUUUCGACCCCACAUCCUUUAGUCUGAUCUUGGUGGAUUCAUUCCCCCAUGAAAAAUAAUUAAAAGUACCUUACAAAUUAGAUUUUUAACCUUUUCGAAAGCAAAACAUGAUUCAGCAAUCAUGCUCGGUGAUCAAAAAGGACAAAAAACUUCUAAGAAGAACCCCCAAAAUUUAUCAGAAGCUUGUACUUAUGAAUGAAUGAUAAAAAUUAACAAGCUUUUUCAAUUUUGUUCUUUACAGUAUACUGUACUUCAAUUAUACAAAUACAAUUUAAUAGUUUUGAAAUCAUUUGGUUACAUUUUGGUAUUUUGUAAAUCCAAGCGAUUUUGUAGACCUGGAUUGGUUGAUGCGAAAAUAUCAUUCGGAUAAACGUAAGAAUAAAGAUUUAUCUGUAGUA